AGCUGUGUCCGCAGCUGGGCGCGGGGCUGGCGCUGCUGGUGCUGGUGACGUCAGCGCCGCAGAACAGCGGCGCGCGCUCCGCCAUACGCUACACGUGGGGCAGCUUCGCACGCCGGUCAGACAUCGUCCUGGCUUUUGUUAUAGGACAAUCACAGAGAAAAUAUCACAGUAAAUAGCAUUAUUAUCUAUAGGUACUAAGUCAACUUCUCUGCAGGAGUUGCCACCAAUUCAACAUAUGCCCGUGUUAGGACUUCACUAAUGUCUUGUGGUGAGUUGUAACUGGUGUGUCUGGUGGGAAUGUGAUGGGGUAUGUUGCAGAGCGGCUAGCGCGUGAGGACGCGUUGUACGGAGACAUGAUUCAGGGCAACUGUGUGGACUCUUACUCCAACCUGACGCUGAAGGUGCUGUCGAUGCUGGAGUGGGCCGACACGUACUGCCCGCGCGCGCCGCGGGUGCUCAAGACCGAUGACGACGUGUUCCCCAACUUGCCGCGCCUGCUGCGCUUCCUCGCUGCGCCCCAGCGCGCCAACGCCACGCACACUGUGUGGGGGCAGAAGACACAAAUGGGUUCGAAAACUCGCCGUAAUGUGAAACGGAAGUCGUUUCUCACCAAGGUGCAGUACCCAUCGGCCUUGUUGCCCAUGUUCUUCAGUGGCACCGGGUACGUGAUGACGGCGGACUGCGUGCGGCCGAUGCUGCGGGCCGCGGGCGACAGGCCCUACAUCAGGCUGGAGGAUGUGUUCUUCACCGGCGUGCUUGCUAGCGCACUCGGGUUCAACCGGCCGCGAACAAAGGAAUUCACAGGAACUAAUCUGAGAUUUCAAGAUGCCGUUACGCACACCUUGUGUAUGGCUCUGCGCAACAUUAUCGUUCGCAACGUGACGCCUCGCCGGCAGUACGAGCUGUGGCGCGCGCUGCACAACGCAACCGGCUGCUUCACGGGAACAUAGCGCGCUGGCAUUCCCUUU